AUGUCACGCUCCGUCUCUGCCGUUUCUUUGUCCGUGCUCGCUUUGGCUAGCUAUGGAGCAGCCUUGUCCACGUUCCCCAAGACGCCACUGGCAUCGAUGCACUUUCCGCGCCCUUCCGACCUACCUUACCAGGUCGACCAAGGCAAUCUUGAGCGUGGAGAUCAGUCCGGUUACAACCAAUGCAACUCGACGACCGAAGGUCCAGAGAGUCUCUGCCAGACGUCCUACGUUAAUGACAUAAGCGACUUCUGCUUGUGGGGACCGGCAAAGCCGAACUCGGUGAUCGGCGACGCAGAGGGCGAGGUUGUGGCGUGGUGUUCGAAGGCCGGACAUGGAACACGCGUGAUGCCGCCGGGAACACUGCAAAGCGUUCAGCUACUCAAGGCCCCGGACUACGUUAUGCUCACCGGCCUAAUCAACCAAACGCUCGUCGACAUGAAAAGUGACGAUGAUGGAGGCGAGCUCGACCCGCACGGUCAGGACUUGCGCGGAAACCCAAUCGGAGGUAUCAUGUACUCGACACAGUUCUCCGGUGGAAGUGGUCCCGAGCAAGUCAUCGAAUGGACCAACUUCAUGGGCACUAUGCAGUUCUGUAUCAAGAUUUGCGACCCUAACGGUCCCGCCAACAACGCCGCCGGGUUCUGUCAACACACGCUUGAUCGUAUCGGCUGCUCGUACAACAUGCCCAGCAAGUACACUGUCAAUGGCGACGCGACGAUUGGCGAGUUCGAGACGUGCGAAAGCGAUAACAUGCACAUCCCCGGAGAGUACGUCGUGAACGGACAGACUCUAAGCUACAAGCAGCCGGCGGAGGGUGUCCCCAUCACUGUCCCCUACCAGCCAUUUGUCCCCGCCAGCUCCAAAUGCACGACAACGGCCAGCACGGCUUUGUACACGGAUGCCGCUGUCGCGAGCAGCACCACUACGACAGCGUCUGCCAGCGGUAGCGCAACUGGCACACCUAGUCGCACCGGCUCAGGCUCCAACUCCCCCACGCCGUCCGCAACGAACUCUGCGGCUUCUAGCUCGCAGUCUCAGUCGGGCGCCGCUACGUCCACCGCCCGUUAUUCCUUCGCCGCAACCAUGUUCGGUGUCGCGCUCUCCCUCCUAUUCGCUUGA